AUGGGAAAUAAUUAGGCUAGUAACUCAAAAAAAAGGAAAUCUGGAAUAUCAGCCUCAUAAUUUGGAGAUAUAUUAAUUAAAACUGAUAAAUCAUAUUAUUUCUCUGGCGAAGUCGUAAUCGGAAAUAUCUAUUUGAAUGUAAUUAAAGAUGGAUUUCCAGGUUGCGUUGUGUACUUGAGAGUCUCUGGCAAAGAGAAAUGUUAAUGGACAGAAACAACAACAAACACAUCAUCAGACUCAGAUGGGAACACAACUGAAAGUACAUCUACUUCUACAUAUACUGGAAAGUCUUAUAUUUAUUAACACAAGUUGGUAAUACAUAAUUUUGAAAGUCCUUCACUCCCAUUAGGAUAAUUCGUAUUUCCUUUUUAAUUUUAACUUUUAUCUCAUCUUCCUAGUUCAUUUUAUUAAAAUGACGUAGCAUAGAUUAGUUACAAAGUUAAAGCAGCUAUUUAAUCUAAGAAGUCCUCUUUAAAUUGUAUAAUGAGCAUUUAAAGAUUAAUCAUAAGAGAACCAUUAAGACAAAAUACACAACCUUUGACUGGGAAUAUGUAGAUUCAUUCUUAGGAUUGCUGCUUUCCAAGUGAUGGGGUUUGUCUCAUCAAUUGUAGUAUAGACAAACAUAAUUAUCUUCCAGGAGAUGUAGCGCAUUUAGAAAUAAAUAUUGAUAAUUCGAGUUUAGAUGAGCAAAUUACUUCAAUUUCUAUUAUUUUUUUGAAUACUUUGACAUUAACUGAUGAUUCGGGUCGCUAAAAACUCUAAAACUGGAUAGUUCAAAAGAAUGAGAUCUAAGGUGUUGGACCAAGAAGAAAGAGUUAAAAAAACGUACGGUUUCUUUUACAAAAUAAUAAAUCACCUUAAGAAAUAUAACCAUCAGCUAAUGGCCGAUUAGUAAAUUCAGUGUAUUCAAUAUUGAUUAAAGUUAAUCUAGAGUCGGAUUCAUGUUGCUUCAAAGAGGAUCCAUUAAUUACUUUUCAAAUAUAGAUUGUUGCUGCAGUUCCUUAAAGUACGGAUCCAGUUUUAAUUGAACCUCCUGAUUGGAAUCCUUAAGUGUUUUCAAUAUAAAAAGUCUAUCUUACUGAUAGAAACAAGUAGACUGGAAAAAUCUUAAAUUAAGACGACUAAAAUGGAUAACAUAAAAAAAAUGACUGUAUUAAAGGGAAUUCAGUCCUUGAUAUCUAAUAAUAAAUGCAGGAAUGAUCAUAAUCAUUUCUUUAUCCAACUUUAAAUUCGAC